AUGCUGGACCUCGAGGUGGACGAGGCGACGUUGCUGAAGGCCUACCGCCUCGAGACGCUAGAGCCCACAUCCUUUCACGAGUUCGACCAGCACGAUGAUCUGCCCACCUCUGCAGGUAUCGUAGCGGCUGAUGAGCCAGAUCCGCUCGGCCUACAUGCUUCUGUGCCUCUGCGGCAGUUUCCCAAAGAAUUGCGUGCUCAGGUCUCCGUGUCCUCCAAAGUCUUUGAUCCCAAGGCCUUCCUCAGCACAGUACACCCCGAGGCGACUUUUGCUGACCUGAGUCAUGGGCUCAGCCAGCUCAAAGACAACAUCGAGCAGAGGUCUCAUGCCCUCAAAGUUCUCGUCGAAGACAAUUUCGACCGCUUCGUAGCAGUCAAGGCGACUACAGAUGGAGUGUACAGGGAGAUGAAGGAGACCGAAGGCGGACCCCUCGCACCAGACUCGGAUUAUGGCGUCAAAGAGCUGAAGGACAUCCUCUCCCAAGCGAGUGCGAGGGCCGAUCAAGUCUUUACGCCAGUGUUGGAGAACAAUCUCAAGGCCAUGAAGUUGCGCUCCACCCUGGGUGUCUUCGAAAGGUCCAAGUUCUUCUUCAACCUGCCUGGAAGUCUCGCAGAGAGCGUCGAGGCUGGCAGGUAUGAUGUUGCGCUACGAGACUAUGAAAAGGGCAAGUACCUCCUCGAGAAUAGACCUGGACAGCUCCUUGCUUUCAACACUGCCGCUGGUCAAGCGGGCGAUCCGAGGGCGCAGGGCACCGAGAAGCAGAGACAGCAGCAGCAGAGAGUCUUCAGAAAGGUGUGGGAUGCCGUGGAAGCAACCAUGAAGGAUAUGGAGCAGAGACUGUUUGCAGCGUUGAGAGAGCCGAAAAGAUCAGUUGCGGAUCAGGAAAAGACCAUCGAAAUGCUGCUUGAGCUCUCGCCGCAAGAAGAUCCUGUCGCAGCCUUCCUCGAAUCACAGCAUACCCACAUCCACACACUCAUGAGGACUUCCUACAGCACAGCAAGGUCCAAGAUCCAUUCAUGUCGGACGAUGAACGACCUCCUCCCUCGCACAGAGAAGGAUCGCGCAAGGGAUAUUCAGUCAUGCCUCCGUCAGGUAGCUCGUGGCGAGCCUGAUUUUGAGAGAAACUUCGGCGCCCCGACCUGGCGAGCGAUUCUACAACUUGCAAAAGCCGUCUCUGAGAAUCUGGUCCAGACGCUGCCGUCGUUCUGGCGAGUAUGCAAGCAUCACUCAGAGGGCAAAUUCACCAAGAGCAAGACGCCCGGUCUUCAGAGCAGGGCCAAGCGGUGGGCAAAUGAGUCAAUUGAGUCAUAUCUGGAGCAUUUGUCCAGCUUCUUCAAUCUGACUGACUACACGAUACUAGCUCGGCAGCUCCUGUCCCCUGUCCCUGGCUGGGUGCCGACAGGCAGUUGCAGCAUGACCUCUGCACACUACAUGCACUUGACUCUGCAGGAGCUUCAAGAGGCUAUCAACGCGCUACUAUCACUCGACAUUCCCGACACAUCUAUAGCUUUAAAGUCAUUCAUUACGAAUGCUCGUUUUAACUUCACAGAGGUGCUGUGUAACUUCUGGCAAGCCGAUGCAAAGAUCUUCUACAUGCUGGAGGACUGGACCAUCAACCCUGACGAGCAGUCCACCACACUCUUUCUGAAAGAUCUGUCCUCGUUCCACAAGAGCAAUGCUCGGGCUGCGUACCACAUUGCCAGCGGACGCGAUCUCGAUCCUUUCGAAGGCGGACGGUCGAGGGAUACUGGCGUUUCAUCAGAGUGCACAUCACGGAUCAAAUCUGCUUUCCUGGACGCGCUUUACGCCUUCCUCGAUGGUAUUGUCCAUCUGGCUUUCUCGGAGUACGAUCCUCUCGAUCCUACAAUCAGCACAUCGCACAAGGUGGUCGGCAACUCGAGGCUGACAGUCGAUGUUCAGGAACUUGACACGAGGAUCCUUCUGAGCGUGACAAAUCUAGCUUAUUUAAACAAGAUUGCUGUCCCCACUAUGGCAAAGCAGUUUCAAGAAGUAUACCAUUGCAAGAUGAGCGAGGAUCUGACUACGAUCGACGAAGUGGCACAACAGCUGGAUAAGAUUCUCUUCCACGACUUUACUAAGCGCAAGACGGACGCCGUCUCUUCUGUCUUCAAGAGUGGCAUCCUUCACAGUGGCAUCGAUUGGGCCUCGUUGCCAAGCCCGACCCAAGUCCAUCCGUUCAUCUAUGAAGCUCUACUUGCUCUCGUGCAAGUCCAUGCACAGGUACAAAGCGUCACAAAGCCCCUUGUCAGCAGAACAACCAUAGCGAUCCUCGAGUCCCUCACAGAGGUCAUUCUGGAUUCAUUCCAGCGGGUCCCCAAAUUCGGCAUGGGUGGAAUGCUCCAAGCUACCCUCGAGAUUGAGUUUGUGCAUCAGACAUUGACAGCUUUCUUGUCGCCCAAGGCCGAGGCGACACUCAAGCAGAUCUACGAGGUCAUUUCAAAGAAGUAUGAGCGAGUGAAGGACAGUACAGGAGAAGCAGCGGCGGAAGAAAGCAGGACUUUGCAGAGGGAGCUCGAGGAGGUCAAGAAGACACUGGUGAUGAGUCGGAAGAUGACCGCUCUUGAGUUUCUCUGCUUUCGUAAGGCAAGCAGUGGCUCAAGCAGCGGUGGUGCGAGCACCAGUAACAGUGGCAGGCUACAGAGGAGUGGCACGACCACCGCUACGCCCACGGGCGCACCCAGUGGAAGCGCCAAGACGCUGUGGAGCGGUAGCGGGACGAUGAGCGGCAGCGGGAGUGUGCGAACUCCAGCGAGCGGCCGAUAG